AUGAGCAACAAAGAUCUAAGUGAAAUAGUCCAAGAACUUAAAUCGGCUAUUUGUGCUAGUGAAGCUAGAAUAUUGUUAAAAAUUGAAAACUAUAAUGAGAGAAUUAAAACUUUCGAAUUUGAAAAUACUGGAUUAAAAAGAUCCAUAGAAAAUUUAGAAAGAAAUUUAAAAAAGAAUAAUCUUGUGAUUUUCGGCUUAAAUUUAACACCGGAAGAGGUUUCAGUUCAAAAUAAAUGCAAUAAGCUUAAUACAAUACUAGAAACUAAUCUCAACAGCAGUGUUAUUAGUGAUCUAUAUUUACUGGGAGGCAAUACAGGAAAAGAACCAAUAAAAUUAGAACUUUUAUCCCGCUUCACCAAAUUUGAAAUCUUGAGUACCUAA